AUGCUUGACGAAACGGUAGGCGCCAGGGCCGAAAGGAAGUCCCUUCAAUCAGUUUAUGACUGUGAUUUAUUAGGCACAAACAUUGCCCCCACAUCCCUGGAUUCUUCGGUCGCGACCUGGGCAGAGGCCGAAAGGAUUCCAAGGGAUGGACCCUUUGCCAUCAUUGCCCAGACUUGCGCGAGCCGUCGUUUCGUCUCGUUAAACGUAGCGACGGCCUCUGGCUUUCGACACGUCCUCGCGCCCCUUGAGCACGCUGUCAAGCCGUUACGUCUCUCCAGAGAGCCACACCCUUUCGUUUCGAAUUCUAGCGCCAAUAUAAAAGCCUGUCCUUCAUUCCUUCCUUACGCUUUCAGAAUUCUCAGACGCCCAAACUCUGCCAAACCUUUCUCUCAAUUCUUCAACCCUUUCGAACUUCACAUUUCAACACUCCACCUCUGUCCGCCCAGUUAUCCCCUUUAUUCAACGGGACCUUCGCUCACUCAAGACCAGUUGUCAGUUGCGGCAUACUACACCAAAUUGAAAGAACUAUGGGACGAGUUAGCAUCUUACAGCGACCUUCCAUCUUGCACUUGCGGCGCCAUGAAGAAACACGUCGAACGAGAGGAGCGGAAUGCGCUGAUGCAAUUCCUUAUGGGGUUGAACUAA